AACUUUUUAUCAGUUAAUUCUUGUGCGAUCAUCGGAGCACAUCAAUUACGUCUUCUAAUAGAAUAACUGUAUACUGCAUGAUAAAUAUAUGAAGGAACUUUUAAAUAGGAUUUUUAACUAAACUGAAGUUAGAUUAUGGGAGCGAAAAAAGAAAAUUCCACAGUUGUUGCUGAAAGUGAUGAUGGACAAGGUGAAUCGCAAGCGAGAGGAGAGUGGGGUGGUCAAUUAGAGUUUAUUCUUACAUGCGUUGGAUAUGCCGUAGGUCUGGGCAACGUAUGGAGAUUUCCAUAUCUUUGUUUUAAGCAUGGAGGAGGAUCUUUUCUCAUUCCAUAUGUUCUUAUGCUUUUAUUUGUGGGUCUACCAAUCUUUCUUUUUGAAUUAUCUCUGGGACAAUUUGCUAGUCUUGGGCCUAUUUCCAUUUGGCAAGUAAACCCUCUAUUUAAAGGCGUUGGUUAUGGUAUGAUAGCAGUUUCAUGGCUGAUCAGUUUAUAUUAUAAUGUUAUCAUUGCUUAUGCAUUAUAUUUCUUUUUCGCCUCAAUGACAAACAAUUUACCGUGGACUGAUUGUAGUAACAGUUGGAAUACAAGAUUUUGUAUAACUGCAAAUAUUAGCAGAGCAGAAAGUGGAAAUAAUAUUAGUAAUGUUUCUGAUUUGAAAACACCAAGUGAAGAAUAUUUCUAUAGGCAUGUUUUGAAAAUGAGCGAUGGAAUAGAUGAUAUGGGUGGCAUUGUAUGGCAGUUAGCCCUAUGUUUGUUAUUGGCUUGGGUUAUCGUUUUCUGCGUUCUUAUCAAGGGUAUUGCUUCUUUGGGAAAGAUUGUAUAUUUUACGUCAACGUUUCCUUAUUUUAUGAUGACUGCUAUGAUUGUCAGAGGAGCACUUUUAGACGGAGCUGGUGAAGGUGUAAAAAGUUAUCUGAAACCGGAUAUAGAAAAGCUUAAAAAUUCUGAAGUUUGGAGUGAUGCUGGUACUCAAAUUUUCUAUUCAUUGUCAGCUUGUUCAGGGGGUUUAAUUGCUAUGGCAUCUUAUAAUAAAUUUAAUAAUAAUGUCCUUCGAGAUUCGUUGAUAGUACCAUUUAUCAACUGUUUCACAUCGAUAUUUGCCGGAUUUGCUAUAUUCUCUGUAUUAGGUUUCAUGGCUAAACUAAAAAAUGUUCCCAUUGAGCAAGUAGCUCAAUCUGGACCUGGGUUAGUUUUUGUUGUUUAUCCUGAAGGUUUGUCUCAAAUGCCAGCACCCUACGUCUGGUCUCUUCUAUUCUUCUUCAUGAUGAUGAUGCUUGGGUUUAGCUCCGAAUUUUCCAUUGCCGAAGCUGUUUUUGUAGCUCUUAUGGAUGAAUUCCCACAAUUACGAGCAAAUAAAUGGAGGCCUAUAAUGUUUCGAGGAGUAUGUAUGACAAUAUUCUAUCUAAUUACAUUGCCGAUGGUGGCAAAAGGUGGUUUCUACUUGUUUUCCUUGGUCGAUAAUACAGUUAGUGGAUUUCCAUUGCUUAUAAUUGGCUUCUUUGAGUUGACAUCAAUUGUAUGGAUUUAUGGCUAUAACAGAUUUAAGGAAGAUUACGCUAUGAUGUUAGGAAAGUAUCCACCUUUAUAUUUCUUCCUUACUUGGUGUAUAAUAACUCCUCUUGCGUUAAUUACCGUCACUGUGUUUAAAAUCACUCAAUACAAAAGUCCAACAUUGUUUGAUGGAAAAUAUACAUAUCCCAAGUGGGCCGAAGCUCUCAGUUGGUUAAUCGUAGCUUUUACUUUAGUGUUUAUGCCAUGUUUCUGGAUUUAUCAAAUUCUAAAAAAUGGUGCUUGGUCGGCGAUAAAGAAGGCAGCAUCUCCAACUCCACAAUGGGGACCUCAUGAUGCAGUAGAUAGAGAAGGAACAAGAUACAACAUCCCACAAGUUACUCUAAGACCUCAUUCCAAAAUCAGUUAUAGUAACGAUAGAUCGUCAACGGCAAGUGUGUAUGGCUAUUCAAAAGCAGUCAGCAUGAGCGAUCCAAGAAAUCAGGAUUUUAGGAAAAGUCAACUUACAGAUACGGUUGAAUCAAUCUAUAGUAAUCCUAAUCAAACCAGCUCUUUUAGAAAUGUGUCAAAUCAAAAUAUUAAUACUGUGAUGGGACAAGAAAUUCCAUUGGGUACACAACUGCAGCAUGCAUAUGACAAUAAAGGACUUAUUCCUUCAAAUGAAGAGUAUGCUCACACACUUUCGAACGAGGUUGUUCUCGAUGCUGUUAAGGCUGCUGCGGAAAGUUCAAAUAAAGCAAACUAUCAACACGGAUUUUAA